UUUCAAAUCAACAAGUGGCGAGGAGCGGCACGACAAUCACGUGACUGACAGCGCUUCUGGUUUCCGUUAGAUUUGGGAAAGAUGAUGUAGCUGGCCUUGGGUAGGAUUUCUUUUAUCAAAGAAAAGCGCUGUUAACAAAAGAAAAGGCAUGGGCAGAAAGUUACAACAGUGAACGGUAGAAUAAUGCAGAAAUCGUCGUAGUCUUAGAAACCAUGGCUAUAAGGGAAUUGAAAGUCUGUCUUCUUGGGGAUACGGGAGUGGGGAAGUCCAGUAUUGUGUGUCGUUUUGUACAGGACCAUUUCGACCACAACAUAAGCCCAACAAUAGGUGCAUCAUUUUUGACAAAGACCGUCCCCUGUGGAAAUGAACUACACAAAUUCUUGAUUUGGGACACAGCGGGACAAGAACGGUUUCAUUCAUUGGCCCCGAUGUACUACCGGGGAUCGGCUGCCGCUGUCAUUGUUUAUGACAUCACCAAACUGGACUCUUUCCAGACCCUCAAGAAAUGGGUGAAGGAACUAAAAGACCAUGGCCCUGAGGACAUUGUGGUGGCCAUAGCAGGGAACAAGAAUGACCUGGGGGACAUCAGGGAAGUUCCAAUGAAGGAAGCCAAGGAAUUUGCGGAGUCUAUUGCAGCCAUUUUCAUCGAAACCAGUGCAAAGAAUGCAGUCAAUGUGGAGGAACUCUUUCAGAAAAUCAGUCGGCAGAUUCCGCCUUUGGAUCCCCAGGACGUGGACGCACCAGAGACCUUCAAACUGACCCGACAGCCGCCUCCCUCCAGUAGGAGGUGCUGCUAGUGAGGGGUGCACAGGGGAAGGUUUGCAGGCCACACGGGACGACUCAGACCUCAGCAUGUUCCGGUUUGACCAGCGUGCGCUUACACAGCCUGCCGGCGUACCCCCCUGUGGGGUGAGAAAGAGUGAGUCCCAACUGGGUAAACCCAGGAUCAAAGAAUCAAGAUGGUAGAGUUUCCCACCAAUGCAAGACACAGCACUUCAUAGGGGCUGAAAGUAGAGCGGCAGUCUAUCACAAGAGUCAAUUCAGCUUGAAAUGUAAGAAACGUGACCUCAGAACUCACCUGGCUGCUGUUUAAUGUGCAAAUGAUUACAUCCAGCCUACACUGGAACCUAGCAGUACUACAUCCAAACAUUCCUUAGAUAGAAUAAAUAAACCUAAAAGCAUAUCCAUGCACAUGGAGGUCUUUGCACCAUGAUACAUAGCCUUGUAUUGUACCUUACCCUCUUUAUGUGCAUCACAGUUUAACAUCAAUAACAAAUACUGUUAUACUAUAAAUAAUUAUUGGUGAUAUUAUGUAAAUGUGAAAUCAGAAUUGAUUCUUUUCAUAAGUAUGGUAGAUGAAGCAUUGGUACCCAAGUGUGACCUUUUUCAGGUAUAAGUGUGGAUCUUCUUUCAGGUAUAAGUUUUGUUCUUUGUCCUCAACUCUUGGUGGACCUGUGAAGAUCUCUGGUUUGGAGAUCUGUGGAUUUUUAGCAUUUUAUGUCCUUUCAGAAGGUACCAGUGAAGGACCAUAGCAGUUGGCCAGUCAUAGCACAAAACAAAAUACUUCUGGUCUGAGGCUUAGUUUCACUGAUUUAUUCUGAAUUGACCCUUGCAGUCAGGAAUCUCACCAAACUGAACUGGGCCCUGAGUUUGUUUGCAGAUUGUCUGCAGGAUCACCUUGAUAGUACACAGUAGUCAGAACUGCCAGUUCUUAUCUUUAUGAGUAACCAGAAGCAUUUGCUGUAAGAGCAGAAUUUAAAUGACCAAGAUCUUCCCUACUCCUGUUAUAAUCCCUAUGGCACAUCACAGGAAAGGUCUUCUUGUUCUUUUCCACACAUUGUCCGCUUUUUAAAUUCUAUUAAUAACACAAUAAACCACGUUGCGGGGAAGUGUACUACAAAAAUAUUUUCCAUUCGAUUUUACUGUUACAAAAGUGUUCUUUGCAUAGUAUAAAAUAUUUGUGGUUCAAAACAGAUGAAAAACUGUUACAAUAUCUGAUUUAUCCCUAUGCUCAGAGAUAUGUAUUCAUGCAGAGUAGUUAUUGGCCAGCCUUUUAAGUGCUUUGUCUUUAAUUGUCCCCUUUUUCUUUUUAAACUCAACGAGAAAGAAAGUGCUGUUGUAUCUGUAAUACACCUUAGUCACAUGUUGAAACUAAUCAAACCGACACUUUUCACUGGUUUGUCCUGUAUUCAUGUUAAACAGUCUACGAGUCAGGGGUUAACUGUUGGCACUGGUAUUGUGAGAUCAUGGAAAUACAGAUUACAAAUCAUAGUUUAUAUGUUUGUGUGUAUGUGUGUUUGUGUGUUUUCAGGAGCUGCAGUAAUUCACAAACAGGACUUUUCUGUAAAUUAAAUUUUGUUAGUGGAACUUAAGUGAUGUCAAACUUACAUCAUGUAUAUACAGUACAUGUAUAAUUCAUGCUGUAUCAUGUGCCUUGCAUGUAUGUGCCUUUCCCUGGUUAAGUGGGAAAAUAUUUUGCAGGCCAGAUGGCCUUUGUUUUCUCUUACAAUUUACAGAGUAUGCUUGUUAGCUUAGCCAAGUUCCCUCCUUAAAAGUGGGACUUCAGUAAUGUUAGUUGUGCAUUCUUGUAGUAUUUUUUUGGCAUGUGUAUCUGUGAAAAAUAAUGGCAGUCAGAAUAAAGAUGGCCACCUGCUGGCAGGCAUCCAUAAUGCAGGACAAAAACCCACUGCCAGUAUGCUGAUAGAUUGUUCCGAAGCUGUGUUAUGAAUGUCUAGUGUUGAAGGAUUGGGUCCCAUGGCAGUAUUUGUUGUGAAUAUAGGAAACAAAACAAAGGCACUUUACUCUCAGAAGACAUUAGAUGCAACUUGUUGAUAAUAAUUCCCCACAGUGUUCUUACAGAUACAUUUGGGAUUCGUUAUGCCCUCAUACACACACAUUUGUGAAUCAUUCAAUGUUUUAGUCCUUCUUAUAUAUGAUUAAUUGUGCCUUAUAGCCACUGGUCUGAGAUAAUUUAUGGUUUUUGCUACUCAUUUUGGAUCUAUGCUUUACAUUCAUACAUUAUUCAUCCAAUAUAUCUCUUGCUUAUACAUAUGUUACAAUAUUCCAUACAGCCAUUUAUUUUUGCUGUUACAUUAUUUUUUGAAUGGAAAUGUAAGCAGUUCCAAAGUGACAAUAAGCAAAGCCAGUGCUGCCAUGCCUGUAUAGUUUCAAUGAUCUCAUUCAUGUAAAGUGAAAGAGAAAUCAAAAACUGCCAAUGUCACCAGUGUGUUUGUGAUUAAGCUGAUUCAUAAAAGGGUAAAUCAGAUACUAUCACCACACUGUUGUCUUAAUCAUCUAGUAAAGGGAGUGUGAAACACUGCUCUGCCCACUUGUGGGAUUUGUUAACUCAUUUGUGUUCUGGUUAAGAACAGACUAAAUCAAGGAGUGGAGACUUCUUAAUAGAAAGGCCUGGACUUGACUUACCGCCUUGAAGUCGAACCGGAUACACACACAUCAGCUUCUGCCAUUUGGCUGCCGGUGGGGUGCUUCAGCCUCCUUUUUGUAUUGAUUCUGUUGGCAAAAUUACUCCCCACACAUAAGGCCUUUGAAGCUCAGUGCUCAUUUGUAAACACACCGGUUGAACAAGCCCUUGGGAUACAUUUAGAGUACAUGGUUUUUAUGCAUUUACUGCUUUUCAGAUUACCAGACAACUCUCUCUAUUCCCUUCAUCUUUGUGGAAACCCAGAUAGCAGUGUAUAUUGGAAUUGUUUGAAAUGCCAUUGAGGGUUUGCAUGACUUAAGAUAUGACAAAUAUAUUGAAAAUGUAUUCAUAAUAAAAUGUAUAAAGUAUAGAAAAGUAUUUUAAUCUGAAAGUGGAAUGGAAUUGGAUUAAUAUUUUAAGAUAAUAAUUGUUUUGUUGUACUUACUCAUCAUGUCCUGAUAAUGUCUUUUUUUAGACAUGAAAACCAAUAAAAAAAUGACUGCUGUAGACACUCUGGUGGACUGGUGCCACGUGUGUUUCAGUCAGAAAAACAGCAAUUGAUAGGUUUUAACUUGCACGUUAGUCACAUUAAUCCCUUUUUUGUAAUAUUUCCGGACAAGGUUAACAUUUUAUAUUAAUCUUUGUGGUAAUAAACUGGUAGUAUUUCUACA